AUGACGCUAGAAUACGUCCCAGGAGAACACAGGGAGCCUCUUUCAAGGCUUUCAGCGCUCCUGGGAGAUUGUAUACACCCAGUUCCGCUCCUGCAGCUCGUAGGAAUGCCAUACUCUGGGAAGAGUACCCUUUUAGGCUCAUUUAUCAAGGAGAAGGACCUCCCUCACACAACUCUCGACUGCAGCGUCUUCUCGGAAUCAAAGAAUACAAAGUCAUCCACGCUUGUAAAAUGGAAAUGGAGCCUAUUCGUCAAGAAGUUGCUAAAGUCUAUAUCGCAGGUUAACCCCGAAGAAUCAAAACUCUGUUCAAGGUUGCGUUCCUUUGAAAUUACUUCGCCGAAUGACAUUCUGUCGUUGUUGUUAAGGCUUACAUAUGCGGAGAACGAGGUGGAGGAGCUAAAAAAGUGCCUGGUCAUCGUUCUAGACAACUACCAGGAGCUCCUCCACUCUGAGCCCAUGCUUCUCACCUACUUUCUAAGGAUACACGAGCGUCUAGGAUCCCCUCCCGGCGAUUCUCCUAAAAGGCUCAAGAGAAAAGUGGUCAUUGUCCUCGUGGGUCACUAUGCAGUUCCACAGUUUUUAAUCGGCUCGAUGCAUAUCCCCGUUAUAAACGUGAGUGCCUUGCAAAAGGAGUCUUGUCUCGAGAUAUUGACUGCGAAAUUCCGGGACAAGGCCCUCGAAAUCGCCAGGGAAAAGCUAGAGCGUUUGUUGCAAGAAGAUGCUGUAGAUGUGCUGGAGAUUGCAAGACUAGCCUGGACCAAUUACGUAAGCUACCUAGUAGACGUCAUUUACCAGUGGUAUCGAAACGACUUUAAUUCUCUCGGGUUCUACUGCAGGUUUGUUGCCCUGUCGUCAAAAUGCAUCUCUAGACUCUUUUGGCCGGUCUACUUGGACCACGUUACAGAGGACCCGAAAAGGACAAUGGAGGUAAUCGCAGAAGAAAAGCACCUUGCAAGUACCAUGGACAUUUACAUACGGAGGAUCACGCAAGACUACCAAAGUCGCUUUGUAAAUGACCUCAGGGAGAGUUCCAUGGCAACCACCAAGAGGCACAAGUUCCACGGCAGUAGACUAUCAAAAUACAUUAUCAUUGGAGCUGCAGUUGCGGCCAUGUGCGACUACAAGAACGUCAAGAGGCAGCUGAAAAAGACCACGAGACGUCCCAGAGCGCCUCCCUCUGCCGAAUCCAGAGAGCCCUGGAACUCCCUCCGCAACUUUGAUACAAACGCUCUAAUCUCAUUUACCGAAUGGGUAAUGCUCACCAACGAGGGAACCAAGAUCAAACUCGACUCUCUCUUUUACAAACAGCUAUUCUGGGUCAUUCAAGAGGGCUUUAUACGCCCGGUUUCGGCUGCCAACAACUUUAGGAGUGUGGCUGUCGGGAAGAGCGGUUUGUUGUGGCAAAAGGAACAGGAAUACUCCACUUUGACGACACACACAGCCAAGCAGGGGAACCAGUACCUCAUCCAAAUGACCAAGCAGAACAUCCAACUCUCGCUCAUCGUUUGUCCAUACACACAAACACUCAAACGACCCUUUAGGCACCCAAAGAAAUGA